AUGAGUGGGAGACUGCUCUCCCGCAGCUCUGCGCUGCUAUCCCGGAGAAGCUCUUUAAUCACCCGUCAAAUCCACCAUACAGGCGGUGUUCAAUCCGGGGGGCUUUUACGUUCUCCAGGCAAUGGAUACUACUUACGCGCUCGUCUUCCGCCCUUGCCCGUCGGGCAAAACUGGAUUCACCAUGUGCCCGCUGUCCGGACGAUAUCGUUUGCAAGGAUCAUCCCGAAGCUGGCUAUGAAACUGGUGAGGGUGCCCGCGAUGUUUGGAGGAGCAAUGAUUGCGGGGUUGGCGUAUUUGCAGUACCAAGCUGCUCAGGCGGGUAAUUAUGCCCUAGACAUCUUCAAAUCCGCGGGAGAGACAGCGAGCGGAAUCGCUUCAAGCGCCCUUCAGGGUGUACAGGGAGUGGCAGAUCAGACCAAGAGAGGAUGGACAAGGACAACGGAGCAACUUGAGCUCCCUGAAUGGGCACAGAAAAUACUACGACUUGAAGAGUAUGCCUCGACGUCGGGUGGGUCUUCGGGUUCCGGUGGAAGCGGCGGAUCCCCAAAGAAGAGCAGAACUGGUGCGGCUGGAGUAGCAGGUGCAGCGGCUGGAACUGCUUUAGAAUACGAUUCAACAGAUGAUGAGGUUGCAGAAGGGCAACGCGUAGUUGACGAACAGAUGAUGACACUAACAAGAAAAAUGAUUGAGAUCAGAAAUAUGCUUCAACGUGUUGGGCAAUCCACUUCUCUCACUCUCCCAUCGAUCGUUGUUAUCGGUUCACAGUCUUCGGGGAAAAGCUCGGUUUUAGAGGCUAUUGUUGGACAUGAGUUCUUGCCAAAGGGAUUGAACAUGGUUACUAGACGGCCAAUUGAACUAACCUUAGUGAAUACGCCAAACUCCCAAGCAGAGUAUGGUGAAUUCCCGGCUUUACGUCUUGGAAAAAUUACGGAUUUCAGUGUUAUACAACGCACUCUCACUGAAUUAAACAUGGGCGUACCGGAGAAGGACUGCGUUGCAGAUGAUCCGAUUCAGCUCUCAAUAUAUUCGCCCCAUGUUCCGGAUUUAUCUUUGAUCGAUUUACCAGGCUAUAUUCAAGUUGCUGGCCGUGAUCAACCACCAGAACUGAAACAGAAGAUCUCUGACCUUUGUGACAAGUAUAUUCAAGCACCCAAUAUUAUACUAGCCAUAUCUGCAGCCGAUGUUGAUCUUGCAAAUUCAACUGCUUUACGUGCUAGUCGACGUGUUGAUCCCCGUGGAGAACGUACGAUUGGCGUGAUUACCAAAAUGGACCUGGUUGACGCCGACAGAGGCGUCAGUAUGCUGAUGGAUAAGAAGUAUCCCCUCCGUUUGGGAUAUGUGGGGAUUGUGUCCCGAAUUCCCCCCACCACUGGGCUAUUUUCAAGAGGAGCCGGAAAUAUAACAAAUGCAAUCGCCAAAAACGAAUCAGCUUACUUUAACAGCCACCAACAAUUUGGGCCCCAAAGCGAAGUUUCAGUUGGAACUACAACAUUGCGAAAGAAAUUGAUGCGCGUAUUGGAGCAAACUAUGGCAUCAAAUUUGGCUAGCACCCGAGAUGCUGUGUCGCAAGAGCUGGAAGAAGCUACAUACGAAUUCAAAGUCCAAUAUAAUGAUCGCCCACUCAGCGCCGAGUCAUAUCUUGCAGAAAGCCUGGAUAGCUUCAAGCAUUCGUUUAAGGAGCUUACUGAAAAUUUUGGCCGCCCGCAAGUUCGAGAAAUGUUAAAAGCCCAUCUUGACCAACGUGUCAUGGAUAUUCUCGCCCAACGGUACUGGAACAGACCUAUUGAUGACCUAUCCCCGCCUCUUCUCGAUCUAGACCCCCUAUCAGAGCUUCCAAAAGCUGAUGCAGAGUCCUUGUAUUGGCAUCGAAAACUAGAUGCCUCCUCGUCAGCCCUAACAAAAUUAGGGAUUGGACGAUUAGCUACUACAGUCGUAGCAAACGCAUUACAAAAUCAAGUUGACGAUCUUAUAGCCUUAUCCACCUUCGCCACUCACCCCUUUGCGCAGAAAUCUAUUGCAGAUGCCGCCACGAGCAUUUUGAAUGAUCGUUUUUUCAGCACAAGUGACCAAGUCGAAAACUGUAUCAAACCAUACAAGUACGAAAUUGAAAUAGACGAUGUUGAAUGGGCUAAAGGUAGGGAGAACAUUAGUAGGACAUUAAAGGAGGAGCUCAAAGCCUGCCAAUCUUCUCUGAAACACGUUGAGGAUACCGUAGGAAAACGCAAGCUUAAGGAUGUUGUGACAUUUGUGGACAAAGUACGAAGGGGCGAUAUUCAAAUCGAGGGCGAUGGCAGCGGAGGAGCCGGGGGCUUUAGUGCUGCCUUGAUACAACAAGGUCGAGAGGGAGCCUUUCUUCGUGAUAGAGCGGAUAUCAUCAAAAUGCGACUCCUUGCCCUGCGUUCCAAGCAAUGCGCCUCGAAAAAAAAUAAAUACCAUUGCCCUGAAAUAUUUCUUGAUGUCGUUGCGGACAAACUCACCGCUACAGCUGUCCUUUUCCUAAACGUGGAACUUCUCUCUGAGUUUUAUUAUCAUUUCCCGCGUGAGCUUGACUCCAGACUUGGCCGCCAUCUAUCUGACGCAGAAGUCGAGCGAUUCGCACGGGAGGAUCCCCGUAUUCGUCGACAUCUUGACAUAAUUCAAAAGAAAGAGAUGCUGGAGUUAGUACUGCAAAAGAUAGAGAGCUUAAGACAAUUAGAGGGGAGGAGUAAGUCGAAUUCCCAGCAACGAAAUAUCAAUUCAAAAGAACGAGGCAAGGGAUGGCGUCUUUUUUGA